UGACAAUGAGCCGCCGGGAAAAAUUUUUAGGAAGAGAAGAAACAAGUUACAAUUGUAGACAACAGUUUCUUCUCUCUGAAAAGUCCGGUAAUGGAAUUGGAGAAGGGAGUGCAGAGAUGGGCAGUUGACAUUUCUGAAUGGAACCCUUCUCCCCAUUACUUCUCCUUUGCUAUGUCUUUUCUUCCCCAGCAUGAGCACUCCUCCAUUACCAGGUUUUUUAAAAUAGAAGAUCGAAAACGGGCUCUUGUGAGCAGAUUGUUGCAGUAUGCAGUGGUACAUCAAGUCUUGGGGAUUCCAUAUAAUGAGAUUGUCAUCAGGCGUACUGCUGAGGGGAAACCAUACCUGGAAUGUGACAAACCGAACUUGGAGUUGCCAAAUUUUAACUUCAAUGCAUCACAUCAUGGUGAUUUUGUGGCUAUUGCUUCUGAACCAAUAUGCCUUGUGGGAUUGGAUGUUGUUGCUCAAACCAUUCCUGAGAAAGAAUCAGUAGAAGACUUCAUUCAGAGCUUCUCAUCAUACUUUUCCAGACUGGAAUGGUUUAACAUAUACAAUGCUGGCUCUUCUCGUCAGAUUUUAAGUGAGUUUUAUAGAUAUUGGAGUGUGAAGGAAGCAUUUGUCAAAGCCAUUGGUGAAGGCGUGGGUUACAAAUUGGACACUGUUGAAUUUCAUCACAAAAACUGGGAAAACAUAGUUGUCAAAGCUGAUGGUAAAGAACUGAAAGAUUGGAGAUUUUGGCUUCUUGAAUUGGGGAAAGAUCACGUGGCAUCAAUUGCUAGGUGUCACCCAACAUUUGCCACUACCAGUUACAAGAGAACGUUGAAGCAGACACAAUGUAAUGAUGAGGAAUGCAAUAUGGGGCUUAAUCUUCCAAAUGCAAGCUUCAUUUUCCGCAAGGUAGAAGACCUUUUGCCCUCCAAUGAAGCAGGUAGAGUACCACCAUGUUUAUCGCAAAUUGGUGCUGCGAUAAAGGAUUAAGAAGAGCUCAAAGAUAGCCACUGAUCGAUACAUUGGGUGGUUAAAAUGGCAGACUGAGCUUUGGCUUAGUCACUAACAUAUAUAUAUAUAUGGAAAAGGCCCCUAAAAUAUUUCAAUAAAUACUUGCUCCGUCCCAAUUUAUGUGGCAUUAUUUCCCUUUUAGUCAGUCCCAUAAAGAAUGUCGUUUUUCCUUAUUUAGAAACAAUAUAACUUUACAGUUCCUAUUUAGAUUCCGCCAUGACAAGUGGGACUUGGGUUUUCUGGUGAUUUUGGACUAGAGUUAGAUUCUAUGGCAGAGAAUUGCUAAAUUCAUUAUGCAGGAUUCGAAGUAAAUGCUUUUUUCUGUU